AUGGAGGCCAACUGGACCACGUUCCUGUUCCAGACCCAUGAAGGCUCUCAUCACCAACAGCAGGCAGCACAAAACAGCUUGCUGCCCCUCCUGAGCUCUGCUGUGGAGCCCCCUGAUCAGAAACCAUUGCUUCCAAUACCAAUAACUCAGAAACCUCAGGCUCCACCAGAAACAUUAAAGGAUGCCAUUGGAAUUAAAAAAGAAAAACCCAAAACUUCAUUUGUGUGCACUUACUGCAGUAAAGCCUUCAGGGACAGCUAUCACCUGAGGCGCCACGAGUCCUGCCACACUGGGAUCAAGUUGGUGUCCCGGGCGAAGAAAACGCCCACCACCGUGGUUCCUCUCAUCUCCACCAUCGCUGGGGACAGCAGCCGAACUUCGCUGGUCUCAACCAUUGCAGGCAUCUUGUCAACAGUCACUACAUCUUCCUCGGGCACCAACCCCAGCAGCAGUGCCAGCACCACAGCUAUGCCUGUGACCCAGUCUGUCAAGAAACCCAGUAAGCCUGUCAAGAAAAACCACGCCUGUGAGAUGUGUGGGAAGGCCUUCCGCGAUGUGUACCACCUCAACCGGCACAAGCUCUCCCACUCCGAUGAAAAGCCCUUCGAGUGUCCUAUUUGUAACCAGCGCUUCAAGAGGAAGGACCGGAUGACUUACCAUGUGAGGUCUCAUGAAGGAGGCAUCACCAAACCCUAUACUUGCAGUGUUUGUGGGAAAGGCUUCUCGAGGCCUGACCAUUUAAGCUGUCACGUAAAACAUGUCCAUUCAACAGAAAGACCCUUCAAAUGCCAAACGUGCACUGCUGCCUUUGCCACCAAAGACAGACUGCGGACACACAUGGUACGCCAUGAAGGCAAGGUAUCCUGUAACAUCUGUGGGAAGCUCCUGAGCGCAGCGUACAUCACCAGCCACUUAAAGACGCAUGGGCAGAGCCAAAGUAUCAACUGUAAUACAUGUAAACAAGGCAUCACUAAAACGUGUAUGAAUGAAGAGAGCAGCAACCAGAAGCAGCAGCAGCAGCAACAGCAACAGCAGCAGCAUGUGACAAGCUGGCCAGGGAAACAGGUAGAGACACUGAGACUGUGGGAAGAAGCUGUCAAAGCAAGAAAGAAAGAAGCCGCUAACCUGUGCCAAACCUCUACGGCUGCUACGACACCUGUGACUCUCACUACUCCAUUCAAUAUAACGUCCUCUGUGUCGUCUGGGACUAUGUCAAACCCAGUCACAGUGGCAGCUGCAAUGAGCAUGAGAAGUCCAGUAAAUGUUUCAAGUGCAGUUAACAUAACCAGCCCCAUGAACAUAGGGCACCCUGUAACCAUAACCAGUCCAUUAUCCAUGACCUCUCCUUUAACACUCACUACCCCGGUCAACCUCCCCACUCCAGUCACUGCUCCAGUGAACAUAGCACACCCUGUCACCAUCACCUCCCCCAUGAACCUGCCCACACCCAUGACGCUAGCCGCCCCUCUCAACAUAGCCAUGAGGCCCGUAGAGAGUAUGCCUUUUUUACCCCAAGCUCUGCCUACGUCACCACCUUGGUAA